UUGAACAACAGCCACGAAUGCAGUGGAGGCUUACGUAUAGAAGAAUGGGACGCAGUUAUAAUGGGUUUAUAUGACAAAUACGGAAUAAUUAAGCUUAUGUCAGUUUGUUUACUGUAAUCGCUGCUGGUAGGCGUCAGUUUAGGUUUCACAUUUUGCUGCUUUUCUAUGGUGUACUAAAUCUUCGCGUGGAUCUUCGAAGGAGGGAAAAUCUGCGGAAUCGCAGUGUUGAAAAACUGCUGCAACUAUGUCGGGGGCUUCAGUGAAAGUUGCCGUCAGAGUGCGCCCCUUCAAUUCAAGGGAGAUCAGCAGAGAAUCAAAAUGCAUCAUUCAGAUGCAAGGGAACUCCACCACUAUUUUGAAUCCCAAAAAUCCAAAGGAAGCAGCAAAGAAUUUCAGCUUUGACUACUCCUAUUGGUCACAUACUUCGCCGGACGACCCCUGCUUUGCGUCACAGAGCCUUGUGUACAAUGACAUUGGGAAAGAGAUGCUGCAGCAUGCCUUUGAAGGCUACAAUGUCUGCAUCUUCGCAUACGGCCAGACGGGAGCUGGCAAGUCCUACACAAUGAUGGGGAAACAGGAAGAGGGACAGGAAGGCAUCAUCCCUCAGCUCUGCGAAGAACUCUUUGAGAAAAUCAAUGACAACAACAAAGAGGAGAUCUCAUACUCGGUAGAGGUGAGCUACAUGGAAAUUUACUGUGAGCGAGUGAGAGACUUGCUAAAUCCCAAGAACAAAGGCAAUCUGAGAGUGAGGGAGCACCCUCUCCUCGGCCCAUAUGUAGAAGACCUGUCUAAACUGGCCGUCACAUCCUACACAGACAUCGCUGAUCUCAUGGACGCAGGCAAUAAGGCCCGGACGGUGGCUGCCACCAACAUGAACGAGACCAGCAGUCGCUCCCACGCCGUCUUUACCAUCGUCUUCACCCAGAGGAAGCACGACAGCGAGACAGACCUUUCCACAGAAAAGGUCAGCAAAAUCAGCCUGGUGGACCUGGCGGGCAGUGAGCGCGCUGACUCGACAGGGGCGAAGGGGACGAGACUGAAGGAGGGAGCAAACAUCAACAAGUCUCUGACCACGCUUGGAAAGGUCAUCUCUGCCCUGGCUGAAGUGGAUAACUGUACCAGCAAGAGCAAGAAGAAGAAGAAGACAGAUUUCAUUCCUUAUCGAGACUCUGUGUUGACGUGGCUACUCAGAGAGAAUUUAGGUGGGAACUCGAGGACAGCCAUGGUGGCAGCUCUGAGUCCAGCUGAUAUUAACUAUGACGAAACUCUCAGCACACUCCGAUACGCUGACAGGGCCAAGCAGAUCAAGUGCAAUGCUGUCAUCAACGAAGAUCCCAACGCCAAGCUGGUGCGUGAGCUGAAGGACGAGGUGACACGGCUGAAGGAUCUGCUCCGAGCCCAGGGCCUGGGCGACAUCCUAGACAUCGACCCAAUGGGAGAUGAUUACCCCGGAAGUGGAAGCAAAUACCUGAAAGAUAUACACAACAAUAAGCAUAGAUACUUGCUAGCCUCAGAGAAUCAACGGCCUGGCCAUUUCUCCACAGCCCCGAUCGGCUCUCUGACAUCCUCGCCGUCCUCUGGCUCGCUCUGCAGCCAGGUGGGCCUGCAGUCUGUCUCCAGCAUCCAGGAGCGAAUCAUGUCCACCCCGGGAGGAGAGGAGGCCAUCGAACGACUCAAGGAGUCGGAGAAGAUCAUUGCUGAACUCAAUGAGACCUGGGAGGAGAAGCUGCGGAAGACGGAAGCCAUUCGCAUGGAGAGGGAGGCCCUUUUGGCAGAGAUGGGUGUUGCUAUUCGUGAAGAUGGAGGAACUCUUGGGGUCUUUUCUCCAAAAAAGACUCCUCACCUUGUUAAUCUAAAUGAAGAUCCUCUAAUGUCAGAGUGUCUGCUCUACUACAUCAAAGAUGGAAUCACAAGGGUUGGCCAGGCCGACGCGGAGAGGCGGCAGGACAUCGUUCUGAGUGGAGCUCACAUCAGAGAAGAGCACUGCAUCUUCCGCAGCGAGAGGAACGCAGACGGAGACGUCAUUGUCAUGCUGGUGCCCUGUGAGGGAUCAGAGACGUACGUGAAUGGCAAGCGUGUAUCCUCUGCAGUGCAGCUACGGUCUGGUAACCGCAUAAUCAUGGGCAAGAACCACGUGUUCCGCUUCAACCACCCAGAGCAGGCUCGAGCUGAGCGGGAGAAGACGCCUUCGGCUGAGACCCCUGUAGAGCCAGUGGACUGGACCUUUGCCCAAAGAGAGCUACUGGAGAAACAGGGCAUUGACAUGAAACAGGAAAUGGAGAAAAGGCUGACUGAGAUGGAGAUCUUGUAUAAAAAAGAGAAAGAAGAGGCAGACCAACUUCUUGAACAACAGAGACUGGUAUAUGAGAGCAAACUACAAGAGCUGCAGAAACAGGUGGAGACCCGCUCGCUGGCCGCAGAGACACCAGACGAAGAGGAGGAGGAAGAAGAAGAAGAGGAAGUCCCCUGGACACAGCAUGAGUUUGAACUGGCCCAGUGGGCCUUCAGAAAGUGGAGAUACCACCAGUUCACUUCCCUCAGAGACCAGCUGUGGGGCAACGCUGUGUACCUUAAGGAGGCUAACGCCAUUAGCGUGGAGCUGAAGAAAAAGGUCCAGUUCCAGUUUGUAUUGCUCACAGACACUCUGUAUUCUCCACUGCCCCCUGAGCUGCUGCCUUCAGAGCCAGAGAAAGAGAGGGACUCUCGGCCUUUCCCUCGCACCGUGGUGGCGGUGGAGGUCCAGGACCUGAAGAACGGAGCCACUCAUUACUGGUCCCUGGAGAAGCUCAAGCAGAGGCUGGAGCAGAUGAGAGAGAUGUACGACCGUGCUGGAGAGAUGGCCACGUCCAAUCCGGAGGACGGGGAGGGGGCCCUGACCGGCAGCGAUCCAUUCUACGACAGAUUCCAUUGGUUCAAACUGGUUGGAAGCUCACCUAUCUUCCAUGGCUGUGUGAACGAAAGGCUGGCUGACCGCACACCCUCGCCCACCUUCUCCACCGCCGACUCCGAUAUCACCGAGCUGGCUGAUGAGCGGCAGAGCGAAAUGGAGGACUUCAUGGACGACGAGGCGUUCGUGGAUGACACCAGCUCCGACGCGGGCACGGAGGAAGGCUCGGACAUCUUCAGCGACGGGCAGGACCCCUUCUAUGACCGCUCCCCCUGGUUCAUAUUGGUGGGAAGAGCUUUUGUAUACCUGAGUAACCUGCUGUACCCAGUUCCCCUGGUGCACCGUGUCGCCGUAGUAACAGAGAAGGGAGACGUGCGAGGUUUCCUUCGUGUAGGGGUCCAAGCUAUUGCAGCUGAUGAAGAGGCUCCUGACUACGGGUCCGGUGUGCGUCAGUCCGGUACCGCUAAGAUCUCAUUCGACGACGAGUAUUUCAAAAAGAGUGAUUUCUCUUCCGUGGCCAUGACCCGCUCUGGCCUCUCCCUGGAGGAACUGCGCAUUGUGGAAGGCCAAGGUCAAAGUUCAGAGGUCAUCACCCCCUCAGAGGAAAUGAAUAGAAUAAAUGACAUUGAUCUGAAGCUGGGGAACAUGGACACUAAGUUGGCUUGUACCGAGGGUCUGGCCAGUCACCUGGAGGUGGGCAGCAUCUUCACUUUCCGCGUCACCGUGCUUCAGGCCAGCGGCGUCCCGCCCGAAUAUGCCGACAUCUUCUGCCAGUUCAACUUCCUGCAUCGUCAUGAUGAAGCCUUCUCCACUGAACCUCUGAAGAACACUGGCAAAGGCUCUCCUCUGGGUUUCUACCACGUACAGAACGUUGCUGUGGAGGUGACAGAGUCUUUCAUUGAGUACAUUAAGACCAAGCCCAUUGUGUUUGAAGUGUUUGGGCAUUACCAGCAGCACCCCCUGCACGUCCACGGCCAGGAGCUCAUCAGUCCUCCGCAGCCUUCCAGAAAAUACUAUCCUCCGCCCAUGCCUCUGUCCAAACCAGUGCCAGCCACUAAAUUGAACACCAUCAGCAAAUCUAACCUGGGCCAGUGUGUGAGCAAGUAUGACCUGCUGGCCUGGUUCGAGAUAAGUGAACUGGAGCCCACGGGAGAGUACAUCCCUGCAGUGGUGGAUCACACUGGAGGCCUGCCUUGCCAUGGUACUUACCUUCUGCACCAGGGCAUCCAGAGGAGAAUCACAGUCACACUCAUCCAUGAGAAGGGGAGUGAACUGCACUGGAAGGAUGUGAGGGAGCUGGUCGUCGGUCGGAUCAGGAACAAACCUGAGGUGGAUGACGCCACUGCAGAUGCUGUCCUGUCACUCAACAUCAUCUCUGCCAAAAACAUGAAGUCGUCGCAUAACUCCAACAGGACCUUCUAUCGAUUUGAGGCAGUAUGGGACAGCUCCCUGCACAACUCUCUAUUACUGAACCGUGUCACACCCUAUGGAGAGAAGAUUUACAUGACCCUGUCUGCCUACCUGGAGCUUGACCACUGUAUCCAGCCUGCUAUCAUCACCAAAGACAUCUGUAUGGUCUUUUACUCCAGAGAUGCCAAGAUCUCUCCUCCCCGUUCACUCAGAAACCUCUUUGGCAGUGGCUACUCUAAGACUCCUGACUGUAAUAGAGUUACAGGGAUCUAUGAGCUGAGCCUGUGUAAGAUGGCUGACACAGGUAGCCCAGGUAUGCAGAGGAGAAGACGGAAGGUUCUGGAUACAUCAGUGGCGUAUGUCCGUGGAGAGGAAAACCUGGCAGGAUGGAGGCCCAGAGGAGACAGUCUGAUCCUGGAACACCAGUGGGAACUGGAGAAACUGGAGCAGCUUCACGAGGUGGAGAAGACGCGCCACCUCCUUCUGCUGCGGGAGAAGCUGGGAGAGACUGCUCCUCAGAAGUCCCUGAGUGAAUCUCUGUCCCCCAGCCAGAGCAGUGGCACCCUCAGCACCUCCACCAGCAUCUCCUCCCAGAUCUCCACCACUACCUUUGAGAGUGCCAUCACGCCCAGCGAGAGCAGCGGCUAUGAUUCCACCGAUAUCGAGAGCCUGGUGGACCGUGAAAAGGAGCUGGCCACCAAGUGCCUCCGCCUCUUGACCCACACCUUCAACAGUGAAUACAACCAAGUGUGCAACAGUAUCAGUGACUGCAAGCUCUCAGACAUCUCUCCUAUCGCCCGUGACCCCUCAGUGACCAGUCUGAGCAGUGCAACCCUAACGCCAUCCUCUACCUGUCCCUCCCUGGCAGACUCCCGCUGCAGUUCAGUGGACCAGAAGACUCCUGAGGCUAACUCACGUGCCUCCAGCCCAUCCUGUUCAGACUAUGAGAACUUCCCCAUGGUCCCCACUCUGGAAACGUCUUACUUGGCCCGUGCGGGUAAACACGAGUUCCUCAACCUGGUGCCAGAUAUCGAGGAAAUGAGACCAGGUUCUGUGGUAUCUAAGAAGGGUUACCUCAGCUUCAUGGAGCCCCGCUCCAACUCGUGGGUGAAGCACUUUGUGGUGGUGCGUAGGCCGUACGUGUUCAUCUACAACAACGACAAGGACCCCGUGGAGAGGGGAGUGCUAAAUCUCUCCACUGCCCAGGUUGACUACAGUGAAGAUCAACAGGCUAUGCUUAAAACGCCCAAUACCUUUGCUGUGUGCACCAAGCACAGAGGGAUAUUGCUCCAGGCCAACAACGACAAAGACAUGAACGACUGGCUGUACGCCUUCAACCCACUGCUGGCAGGCACAAUAAGGUCGAAGCUGGCGAGAAGACGCUCUGGAUUGGUGAAGAACUGAAAGAUCUCAUCUCUGUGCAGAUUUGCAGCUAGCUUAGCUAGCCUUUGAACAUACCGAGUGUUAACAAUUAUUAAUCUUUGUGAUUCUUGACAGUUUUCUCUUAUAUGUAGAACUGUGGCUUAAGUCUCCUCUCAUGCAGAUGAGGUUUCAGUUCCUGAGUACCUGCCCCCCUCCCUUCUCUGUUUCUCUCUCCCUGCCUUUUGUGUUUUGGUUUGGAUUUGUUCUGUCUCCAGUUUACGUUCUUUGUCACAACUGAACCCUCCUCUAGUAGCAUGU